AUGACAUUCAAGAUGGAUGAGUUUUUGAGCAUACCUAUUUGGGUUCACUUCCCAAGGCUUCCAUGGGAAUUCUGGUCUAAUAGUAUGCUAGGGAAGAUUGCUAGCAUGUGUGGCAGACCCAUGCACACGGACCAGUGUACUAGACACCAGACCAGGCUUGCUUAUGCCAGAGUACUUGGAGAAAUGGAGAUUUUUGGUGAAUUUCCAAAUGAAGUGAUAUUAGAAGAUGAAAAUGGGGAAACCUUUAUACAGGAAGUAGUGUAUGAGUGGAUGCCUUCUGGUUGCUCUAAUUGCAAGGUAAUGGGUCACACUGAUUUCUCUUGUAAGGUGGGUCAAAGUAAGAAAACCUGGGUCCCUAAAAAUCCAGGUGAAGUGGAGAGUAAGGAAACAGUGGUAGCUGGUAUUGAAGGAAAAAUGGGUGAUGAAGGGAGUAAAGAGAGCCAGGGAUUGAGUAAAUUGAAUGAAGAAGAGAAAGGGGUGAGCCAACAGCUGGUCACAGAGGAUGAACCUGGGACUAGCAAUUUUAUUGUGGUUCAAAAGCAAAACAAGCCUGCUGCUAGUUUAGCGAAAGGGAAGAAUAAAGCUCCUGUUAUAACAGCUACUGGGAAUAGAUUUGAAAUUCCUGGAAUGAAUAGAUUGGGGAUAAUUGGAGAUAAGAGAGUGAAGAAGGUCAACAUUACCCCUGAAAGGGGAAAAUGA